AUGCCUCGACGAUCUUCCAAAGCAAUUCGUAACGGUGCUAAAAAAAGCACCGGUACAGAAUCUCUUCGUCUUGCUAUUAAAGAUUUUAAUGUUUAUGAUUAUUCACGUUCAACCAAAGAUUCACCCCAGAACAACCUUCGAACAACAUCAAAAUUAACCCGAGAAUGUAAAAAGUUAAUGGAUGAACAAGAUUGGUACGAAAAAGAUCUAAGUGACUUCGAUGAUCCACAAUUAUCGGAUGAAGAAGCCGAAAUUCAACAACACUAUAUCCCAUCAAAACCAAAACAGCGAAGUAAACAAGUCUCAUUAACAGACGAUCACAGUGCACAUACAGAUUAUCCACUUGAUUUAUGGUUUAUACUCGCAACUUACAUCGCACCUGAAGAUAUCGGAAGAUUCUCAUUAAUUUGUCGAGCAGCAAAUCAUGUCGUUAACACAGUUUAUUUUUGGAUGCUCUUAUUUCGAAAGCAUAAUAAAACGGAAGCGACGAAAAUCAGUCGAAUACUUGUACGAGAACAUAUUUCAAUCAUUCGCACACAUGUUAUUAAAUCUCUAUAUCAAGUUUAUCCGUUAUUUCAAGAUCGCUCAAGUCGAACUGAUAUUAUACAGAAAGAUCCGCACUUUUUACGUUCAUCACGUUGUGUACGUAUUUGGUAUUCGAAAGAUUCGACAACUUCAACACGAGAAUCGUACAAUUAUUAUUUCGAAUUUCGUUUCGAUAAUAUUCAACGAUCAAAAAGAUCACCACAAAUGCAAAUUCAAGCAUUAUCACCGAUUCUACAAACAAAUAAUCAAUACAUUAUCGAUAAAGAUUGCUGUGUCUUGCAUUUAACCUGUUCAAACUAUGUACCAGUUGGUCCCUACAUGGGAAUGAUCUUAUCUCAAAUAACACUAAACCUUAGUAGUGAUUAUCGUCAUCAUAAACUGAAAAUGUGGUUUGAUUCAUCGAGAUUAUGUUUACAAACAUUCAACAGAUAUAGCGAUUCCGUGGUGAUUAUCGAUCCAAUCUUAUGUCUCCGAGUUUACAAUUGGUAUAACAGUCCAGCAAAUUUCGAUUGA